CCCGCGGACGCGGGCUGCAACGACGGCGUCGAUGAGGUCGAUAGUGCCCUCGGAGGGCAGGGGACGGCGAGGGGAGGGCGUGCGUCGGGGAAAUACCAAUAUCGAUGGAGCAAAAAAGGGGAAUUCCGGAGAGGAUAUGGGAGGGGGCGUGGGAGUAUUUACGUAUUUGGCGGAGAGGGACGAUUGCAUAUAGACUUGCUCUGAAAUCUGCACGCCAACAACUCUUCCAGUCCCCCCAACUCCCCCCGCCCUCCUCCCUCCACCUCUCCUCCUUCGCCCGCAACAACACCCUCCCCCCCAUCUCCCACCUCCCCUCGAAUGCACGAUACCCCCCGCCCACCUACCCACACCCCUCGCUCUCCAACACCGCAGCUCAGCUCCCGCCCCCGCCCCUCGCCUCUUCGUCUACACUCCCCUGGCCCUCGCGCACCAGCAGCUCGCGCGACGAGCUCUCUCCACCACUACGACCCCUGUCUGACUCGAGGCCAGCUAAACGCAUGGAGCGCGAAGACCGGCAACCAGCUCCGGCUCCACAGCAGGAGCACGCCGUCAAGCAUGAGGGCGAGGACGGCAUGCCAUCCACAAGCGAUUUUGUCAAGAAGCUGUACAAGAUGCUCGAGGACACGUCGUGGUCGCACGUCGUUUCGUGGGGCCCUCAGGGCGACUGCUUUGUCGUCAAGGACAUGAACGAGUUCACAAAGUCCAUCCUGCCCCGCAUGUUCAAGCACUCCAACUUUGCAUCCUUCGUCCGACAGCUGAACAAGUACGACUUUCACAAGGUGAAGAACUCCGAUGACAAUCAGUUCGGCGAACACAGUUGGACGUUCCGGCAUCCCGACUUCCAUGUAGACCGGCGAGAUGCGCUCGAGAACAUCAAGCGCAAGGUGCCGGCCGCGCGCAAAUCCAACGCGCGCAAUCCGUCUUCGCCCUCUCCGCCCAACGCGACCGUCGAAGCGCUACAGGCGCAACUCGAACGGCUCACGCGCGACCAGGAGGAGCUCGUCGCACACGUGCGCAACCUCGAGACCAACUACCAGAACGUGCUCGGCGAGAUGGUCAACUUCCAGCGCAACAUGGCGCAGCAGGACGGGUUGAUGCAGAACUUGAUACAGUACUUUUUGCAGCUCGAGAAUGGUGGGGGAUCAUUUAAUAGUACAUGAGCGAAACCGGACACUAAGCGAUCCUCUCUUCUUCCCCCUUUUUUUUUACAUGUUGCCCGCAUUGCACACUAUGUUGUAUCACAAAUCUCUCUCGCUCUCGCUCUCGCUGUCGCAAUAUUUCCUCUCGACUCGAUAAUCCAAAUCAUCGCCCUAAUCAAAAAAACGAAACUUCACUUCUUCCGGACCCGAAAUCAAUCGCUCGCUGGAAAACGCCAAACCUUGA